AUGUCUUCUCACGCGAAUGCCCCGAACGCGAAGCCCUCCUCGCCGGCUGGUCCGGCACGUACGGUUUUCUCUCGUACAACGCCGAUUGAUGUUCAACGACGAGGCGUAUUCGGACGCCUGAAGAACCGCUUCCGAGUCGCCUUGCGCCCAAAUCUCACGCGUUCCCGUUCCGCUCAAGUUCCCGAUGCCACGAACGAAACGUCGAUUUGCGACCACCAUAUUGCCAUAGGCAAUGACCUCGCGCAUAUUCGACUCGCUAUUGAACAGCAGACUGGGAUUCUUGAGCGAGGGAUGGACCAGAUUGCGUCAGCCAUCCACUCGGCUAGUAUUACGCUCGCUCUCAACAGGCGCGGAGGCGGAGAUGACGACGAUGGGGCGCCUCCGCCGCCCGGUGCACACCGCCAGGAAGAGAGCGAUGAUAGCGGGCCUGAGGACAGCAAGGACAUCCCCGACCCCGCUGCUCACGAAGACGCAGACACGCCCCGAGCCGGUCCUCCCAGCGCUGCUUCUGCUCCUGACUCUGGUCCAUCGGGCCACAAACGCGCGAAUGACUCCCAGGUUGACGCCGGUAUGCCUGGAGACGAAUCGCACCCGCGACCGACACCUACUGCACAACCUCAGUCUAGUUCGGGUGCUACGCAUCCUGCUGGUGAUGCUCCCUUGCAGCACGUGCCGCCUCCUGUCGAUGAUCCCAGGAGCCCGCUCGUCGAUCCCAUUGCGUUACGGCACGGGAGUCUCAACGUCGACGUCGUUGAGAGCGUCCGGUCAGAUGGCCCCGCCGCUCAAGCCUCUGCCGGUCCUCAGGCUACCUCCAGUGUCGAUACCGCGCCAACUAACGCGCAGGCUGUGAACCACGGUGACACCUUUCCUGGGCUUGGGCUUUCCACUUUUGCGAGUCCUGGAUCAAGUUCUGCAGCUCCUCCACUUGUUCCAUCCGCACUCUUCCGAGCCGAACCAACCUCUUCUGCAAAGCAGGCCCGCGGCUUGCCCGAAGACGAUGACGUCCUUAUAUCUUCCGACGUCGACCUCGCUCAGGCGGGUCUGUAUUGUGGCGCCAGACUUUCCAUCUACGUCGGGAGUAAGGAAGACCUGCGUAAUGUGCGCACAAAGCCAUCCGCAUUCUACAGUGGUCUCUCAGAAAUCUUGCCUCUGUGCGAUACCUACGCACACCAGUUGAAGCAGCUCCGCAUCGUCCUUUACAGAACGUCGCUAGAGCAGAACGAGACCUUCGUCGACGUGCUUGUAGAGAUCCUGAAGUCUAUGCAUACUCGCCUAGCAUGCUUCUUGUCUGCUCGCAUCAUAUGCAAGAAGCGGGAUUACGCACACUAUCGCACUAGCAGCGACUUCGACAACCCCGAGAUUCGGGACCUGUGCAAAGUCCUGCAGCACGUCCGACUCGAAGGAGACAUCGCGGUCUGCCGCCUCGCGUUGUUGCCGCUUUCGGAGCUGCAUUGCCUUGAAGUAUCAACGGACAGUCCAGUUGCAGAGGUGGACGUCAUGCACCUGAUGACUCGCUGCCAAAAAUUGUACUCCCUCUCUGUGCGGCGCAUCGCUCGCCGUGUCCCGAGGGGCUUUGAAGGGAAUCUCACGGAAAGCCUUCAUGCCCCCUCUGUUCUUGAUAUCGCGUCCGACGACCUGAGCCCUGGCUUUCUGCACUGCGUUCAAAAUACCCAGGACCUUAGGCUUACCGUUUCCGAUGCGAGCCUGAUCGACCAGUUCAAAGCGGUAUUUGAGGCAAGGAAAAUGUGGUCAUUGACUUCAAGUUCGCUAUGA